AGCUGUUUGAUGUUCGACCUGAGCUUGUAAAAAGGGUUUCCAUAACAGUCCUGAAGCGGCUCCUUGAUGACCUUCAAAAAGAUUGUGUUUUUAAUACUUCGGAGGUAGCUGGAAUAUUAGAAGGGAACGCAACCACAGAAGAUAAGGCCCGCUGCACUAUAGAUGAUGUGAUGAAGAAAGGACAGGAGGCCAGCAGAAAGAUGAUCCAACGUCUUCAGCUCAUAGAUUCUGCUCUGUCAUAUCAACUGGGUUUGUCUUCUAAUUCUUCUUCUUCUGUUCCGUCAGAGGUUGUUGGUCAAUGUCAACGUGACCUUAAAGCGUCUCUGAAGAAAGAGUUUGAAUGUGUCUCUGAAGGCGUUGCUAAAGCUGGAAAGGAAACCUUUCUGGAUGACAUCUACACAGAGCUCUACAUCACAGAGGGAAAGACUACAGAGGUCAACGAUGAACAUGAGGUCAGAAGGAUUGAAGCAGCAUCCUGGAAACAAAACAGACCAGCAGAAACAAUCAGAUCAGAAGACAUCUUCAAAUCAACAGAAGGAAAGAGUCAGAUCAGAACCGUGAUGACGAUGGGCGUGGCUGGCAUUGGGAAAACAUUCUUAACACAGAAGUUCACUCUGGACUGGGCUGAAGGCAGAACCAACCAGAACAUCCAGUUCAUAUUUCCAUUCACCUUCAGACAGCUGAAUGUUCUGAAAAAAGAGUUCAGCUUGGUGGGACUGAUUCAUAAACACUUUAAGCCAAUCAGAGACAAAAGGAUCCACAGCUUUGAAAACUUCCAGGUUCUGUUCAUCUUAGAUGGUCUGGAUGAGAGUCGACUUUCUUUCCACCUCAAUCAGAUCCUGACUGACGUUAGAGAAAGCAUCAACAUCUUCCACUGUCGUCUGGAGAUGCAGGACCUCUCAGUUUAUCAGGAGAUCCAACAGUUCCUGAAAUCAGGGAAGGAGCUUUCAGAGAUCCAGUGCUCAGCUCUGGUCUACAUGCUGCAGAUGUUAGAGGUGCUGGAUGAGUUAGACCUGGAGAAGUGCAACACAUCAGGUGGUGGACGACAUAGACUGGUUCCAGCUGUGAGGAACUGCAGAAAGGCUCGGUGA